CGUUAUUCGCAAACUUGCCCUAAGACUUUGUCACAAGUUUGCAUAAGAAGCCUCUUCACGGAAAAAGACCUUGAAGACAAAUGCGGAUGGGUACAGAUCCUUUGAUAUUAUAUGUUGUUUAUGGUGAAAAGUGGACCACAUAUCACGAAGGGGAUUAUGUUUACAGUGGAUCCGCUGAUCAAGAAUCUGGGCGUGAUCAUGAAGGUAUUGUUUUUCAGGAAAAUAUAGGGAGGUGUGAUCAAAAUUCUCAAUUCGUUGAGUCUAAUGCCACUCCUGUGAAGAGCCCAUCAACUGCUCAAGUGGAUGAAGAGGAUUAUAUGGGUGAUGAUAAUGAUGACUAUAAAGAGGACGAGUGCUUUAUUCGGAGGCAUGAUCCUUCUUUUGAUACGUCUUUUGGUAAUGAGGUAGACGCGACAUUGGAUGGUGGCUUUGAAGAUGGAUCAGAUUUGGCCAUCGGACUUGAGUUUUCUGACAAAAGAGAGUUGAAGAAGAAGAUGGCUGAUGUUUCCAUACAAGGACAUUUUGAAACAAAGACUGUGAAGAGCGACAAGAAGAGACACGUUGAGAGAAAGUAUUUCUCUCGUUUGAUUCGAAGGAAGGUUGUUUCCUUCGAAGGAUUCGUUGAGCGGAUGAGAAUUUAUAUCCGCUCAACCAACUUCCAGUUGUGGUUGUUCAUCAAGAAUGGCGAAGAAACGCCAAUGAAGAAGGUUAGUGAAAAACUCGUCCCAAAGACAGAAGAUGAAUUUGAUGCCGAAGACAUCAAAAAGAUCGAGAACUAUGCCAAGGCAAUCAACAUGCUGUACUGCGCGGUCAACCCCGAUGAUUAUCGUAAGAUCUCUUGCUGCGCCACCACCAAAGAAAUGUGGGACAAGCUGGAGGUCACAUCCCAUGCGCUCAAAGCAGCCAAAAAGACGGUGGAAGAAGUCUCAAGCGAUGAUGACAACGAGUUUAGACUCGUCAUAAAGAAAUUCCACAAAUUUAUGAUGAAGGAAUUUGAGUGCAAAGGAAGAAAGCAUGACAGUCCCCCGAAGUGCUAUGGCUGUGGCGAGGUAGGCCACAUCAAGACAAGGUGUCCAAAAUGCAAAAAUGGCAAGGACAAACCUGGCUUCAAAAAGCAAAGAGCCUAUAUCUCAUGGGGUGGUGACUCCAGCGACGAGUCAACUGAUCAAGAAGAGGAUGAAGCCGCCAACCUCUGUCUCAUGGCACACGAAGACCACGCCGACGAAGCACAAGAGGAAGAAGAUGCUACGAAGGUCUCCAGCUUCGCUACGGAUAUAGCUAUCCAAGACCUUGAGAAAGAAAGGGCCCAGACUGCUUCUUCCUUGUCUGCAACGUCCCCUCCUUCUGUUGAAGUUGUCCCUGACCUCGCUCCUCAGGUAGAUACAACUAUUGUGCAGAACACCCCCCAGGUGCUUGACAAAAUGCCUGAACCAGAUAAGGCUGCUGCCAAACCUGUUACCUUUGCUGACCUCUUCAAAGGUAAUAGGGACCCUGACCAAGGUAUGGUUUUGAAGCAUUAUGAUGUUGGUGAAGGCGUUCUUCAUAUUCCAGAUUCUGUUAUCAAGCCUAUUGAGGAACUGUGGGGCUUUUGCCUAGUGGGGUGCUUCACUGGACGUUUUCCCGGUCUCAAGACUGUUGAUGCCAUUGUCAAGAGUUGGAAUCUUCCUGUUUGGGUUCAACUUCAUAAUGUACCAAUGCAAUUAUGGUCAGAAGAAGGCAUUGGGAUGUUGGCCUCAAAAGUUGGGAAACCCUUAAGGACUGACCUUGUCACCAAACAGCAUGGCAAGGGUGGUUUUUGUAGAGUGCUUGUUGAGGUGGACUUCUCAAAACAACCUGUGACUCAAUUUGAGGUUUUCUGCAUGGGUAAAUCGUACACACAAACAGUGGAGUUUGAAGAAGACCCAAAAUACUGCUACCACUGCAAAACUUGGAACCAUGGCCCCCUCCAUUGUAGAGCCUUGGAGAUGAAAGGGAAACAGGACCUUGCUGAGCUGGAGGCUAAACAGACUGAGGCUAUGGCUAAACCAAAGGAGCACAAUGGUCCUCCUGGGAAUGCUGUCUCUAGGGAGUGGGUUCCAAUAGGGAAGAUUCAUACUGAACCAAAGGGUGGGUUGAUCCCCUCUUCUUCCAACCCUAAGGAGAAGGCUAAAGACCCUUGCCCUAACACUGGUCCUUUGGUUGAUGAUAGAUUGGUUGGCAAGGGAACUGAUUUCCAAAAGAAAAAGAGUAGGGAUGAUGGCAGAGCCUAUUAUAUGACUGACAUGCAGUCCUUCAUAUGCUUGAACUGUCCUGAGGAUACACCAUCCAGUGGCAAUUUUAUCACCUGGAACAAAGGGAACAAACUUGCUAAACUUGAUAGAGUUCUCAUUAACCAUUCCUGGGCUGAUAUUGGUUUAACCCCCAGCUGCGAGUUCAUGGACUUUAAUUUCCUAUCUAACCAUUGUCCCAUCUUGUUUCAAUAUGGUUCUUCACUUGGCAACAAAGGCAAGCCCUUUAAAUUGUUCAACAGGUGGCUUCAACAUGAGGACUUUCCUGGGUUGGUGUGCCAAUCUUGGGAGGCUGGAGUUACUGGUUCUAAACAGUACUCCUUGUGCUCCAAGCUCAAACGUCUCAAACCUCCUCUAAAGUUUCUCAACAGACGUGCUUUUGGCCACAUUUCUAGAAGAGCUAUGGAAGCAAAGGAAGAUUACAGGUUGGUGAUAAAGGAGGUGGUUCUGGACCCUAAUAACCAAACUCUCCUUGAUGAAGCUGAAGCUAAAAGGAAACGUGCUAACUUCCUCAUGGAUGCUGAACUGGCUUUCUAUCAACAAAAAGCUAAAUGUGACUUCAUUAUGAACUCUGAUAGAUGUACUAGCUAUUUCCACUCUAUUGUCAAGAAAAAUAGGAAGAAAAAUGUUGUGGGCUUCUUGGUUCGAGAAGAUGGAUCCAAAAUCACUUCCAUUGGUGAGGUGGCCAACAUCUUUGUGGAUUAUUAUACCACACUGUUUGGUACAAGUUCUCCUGUUGAACCUGUUGGUCCAGAUAUUUUGGCUGCUGGCAGUUCUGUUCCCAUCUCUGCCCACUCAGCUCUCCUAGCUACUGUUACCCCUGAGGAAGUAAGGCAAGUUGUUUUUGACAUUGGCAGUGAUAAGGCCCCAGGCCCUGAGGGUUACACUGCUGCAUUUUUCAAGAACCAAUGGGUAGUUGUGGCCCAGGGGGUGUUUCCUCUAGUCAUGGAGUGUGUUUCCUCCGCCUCUUCUUCUAUUAUGGUCAAUGGUGACAGCCAUGGUUUCUUCCCCAGCGAACGAGGCUUGAGACAAGGAGACCCCAUGGCCCCCACACUUUUCCUUUUCUGUAUUGAGUACUUCUCCAGACUACUCAAUAAAAAGGCUAAAGAGGGGCUGUUUAACUUCCACAAAGACUGUGCUAGCUUGGGCAUCACGCACCUGACCUUUGCUAAUGAUCUCAUGCUGUUUUCUAGAGGUGAUCUCCAGUCUGUCCAAGUUUUUAUGGAUGCUUUGGACCAUUUUUCUAGAGUAUCUGGGCUGAUCCUUAACCCCACUAAAUCCAACAUUUUCCUCGCUGGAAAAUACAGGGACAGUAGCCAUGAUCUUUUGGCCCUUGCCUCCUUCCCUCGAGGUAACCUUAUUCCCGGGAAGGUUUAUGAGUUGUUUAGGGCAAACGCCAACCACAAGCCUUGGAUGGCUUUUAUCUGGCAAAGCUUUAUUCCUCGUAAGUGCUCAUUUACGAUGUGGCUUGCACUUAGGAGGAGGUUGCCCACUAAAACUAACCUGGACUUCCUCGGACUGCCCAUGGACUGCACGUUUUGUGGCAACAAGUUGGACGAUGUGGACCACCUUUUCUUUAGCUGCAAGGUUUCUAAAGACGUUUGGAGGGCUGUGAACAUUUGGCUACAGAUGGAAGGGCAGUUGAGCACCCUGAAUAGAGCAAUCAGAUACUUAAAAGCUUUUAGAAGAGGGGAUGUGAUCCUCAAGAAGGCUAGAAGGAUUGCUCUUGCUUGUAGGGUCUUUCAUCUAUGGAAGCUUCGUAAUGCAGUUCACUUUGACCAAGAGCCUCUACGGGUUGAUGCUGUUGUUUUCAAAAUUAAGUUGUUGAAGAAGCUUGACCUUCGAUGGAACAACAAAGCCAGCACGAGUGCAGUAGCAAUUGACGAAGCUGCUAGGUAUAGCGCCUCAGCAGAGCAUAGUAGAGUGUAUGUUAAGCUGGUUACAAGAACCGCCAUAGCGUGGUCGCUGUCGCACGUUGGGUUAGACUUAACUGAGUCUCGGUCAAAUGGAUGGACGACUCAGAGGCAGUUAGUUGGGGUCAUCAAUGACAAGUCGGAUGAUUUUACUCACUCAUCCAGCCAGGAGUUGGAUCUUUAUGAUUUAAUUGGAACUCUGUUCCUAACCAAAGUAGUCUGCUUGUAAGACAUGCCUCAGCCAAUUACAAGUAUGGUGAAAAGGUGUCCUUUUCCGGUUGUAGUAAUAUUGUUCGCCCAACACCAGACCAAGAGCUGAGAGCCCGGCUCAUUAGUUGGAACUAUGUUCCUACCUAAAUAGUUGUCUUGUGGAGUAACGCCCAAGCGGAACGCAAGAUAAUGAAAUAUGGAUCUUGGCCCACUAGAGGUUUCGCCGGAAAUCUCCGAAUCAAUAUCGAGGGUUAUU